AUGACCAACCCAGCAACCACCCAGACCCUGAACCAGGGCUAUGAGUUGGUUCAUCCCAACAUCUGUCCCAUCUAUGACCUGUUGGAGCACAUGAAGAGGCAGGUCCUGCAGACCCAAGGAUCCCCACGACACAGGACAACGGCAGAAUAUCCAAGAGGACUCCCUGUGAAGGCCCAGUACUGGUUGGAAAGGAGAGUCAGUAUCGCUAACAGUGAUUCCUACAUGGAGCAGGACUUGGUCCUUGUCCUUCCUGUCGAUGAUGAGUUGGCCAGAGCAAUUAUUAUUGGGCACAGAGGAGACCCUUCUCCCACGAUCACCCAAGGCCAGCUGCCCCAAGGAACACUAGCCAUCUCUUUGGGGCCAAAACUUUCCCAAGUUGAUUUCAAUAAAAAUCCACUUGCCAAAGAGAAAAGCCAUCAGGGUUUUGAUGCAGACCGAGAUGCCAAAAACCUGUACAAAGCCUGCAAAGGAAUGGGAACGGAUGAGGCGGCCAUCAUCGAGGUCUUAUCCAUCAGGACAUCGGAGCAGAGGCAACAGAUAAAGCAGAAGUACAAGACAAAGUAUGGCAAGGACCUAGAGGACGUGCUCAAGAGCGAACUGAGUGGAAACUUCGAGAAGACAGCCUUGGCCCUUCUGGACCGCCCCAGUGAAUAUGCCGCAAGGCAGUUGCAGAAAGCCAUGAAGGGCGUAGGCACCGAUGAGACUGUGCUCAUAGAAAUCCUCUGCACGAGAAGCAAUAAGGAAAUCAUCGCCAUCAAAGAAGCCUACCAAAGGCUGUUUGACAGGAACCUUGAAUCUGAUGUCAAAGGCGAUACAAGCGGAACUCUCAGGAAGAUUCUGGUGUCCGUGCUACAGGCCAAUCGAGAUGAAGAAGGUACUGUGGACAAAGACCUGGCUGGUCAGGAUGCCAAAGAUUUGUAUGAUGCAGGGGAAGGCCGCUGGGGUACCGAUGAGCUUGCCUUCAAUGAAGUCCUGGCCAAGAGGAGCUACAAGCAGCUGCGUGCCACCUUCCAAGCCUAUCAAAUUCUCAUAGGCAAAGACAUAGAAGAAGCCAUUGAAGAAGAAACAUCAGGAGACUUGAAGAAGGCCUACUUAACUAUAGUGAGAUGUGCCAAGGACCUCGAGGGCUAUUUUGCUGACCUACUGUACAAGGCCAUGAAGGGUAUGGGGACAGAUGAGAAGACAUUAAUUCGUAUCAUCGUGACCAGGGCUGAGGUCGACCUUCAGGGGAUAAAAGCCAAGUUCCAGGAGAAGUAUCAGAAGUCUCUAUCUGACAUGGUUCGCUCCGACACCUCUGGGGACUUCAAGAAAUUGCUGGUGGCUCUUUUGCACUGAGUCAAACCAGAGCAAUAGGAACGUGGGGAGAGGCUACUUUAUCAGGACUCCUGAGCAUAACAAAUCAAGCUUGAAAAUGGGGCUUUUCCAUGAAAACCCUUCACCUCCUGGAUUGCUUCCUCAGUCCCGUAAGGUACCCCAAGGCCAAACUGUUUAAAUCAAUAGCGCAUCCUCCGAAUGCUUGAGCGGUUCACCUUGAAUGCCGGAUUAGCAACAACCUUAAUUGCCUCUGGAUCUUCCUUUAGCAUUUUAAGUGAAUGCUUUCUAAGCACAUACGAAAUCAGCAGUUGGUGAAAAAAAAUGAACAUUUAUAAUAAAAUGUUUAGAAAAUUAUAUGCCUUCCAGAUGCACAGGGUCAAAGCAGAGA